AUGAAAGUUUGGAACCUCGACAAACGAGCUUUUUGUUUAGUAACAUGUCUAUUGGCCAGCUUAAUGGAAGCUAAAAACGUUGCUCAUCUUGAUGUAAUACUUGACCCUAAAACUGGUAAAUACAAACGCCAGCUGCCUGCAGGAGGUCAUAUUUUAGAGUCUAGAGAUGCUAAAAAUGUUUUCCCGCUGAAUGUGAAUGGUAUAAUCGAAAAUGAGUCAUUGAACAAGAGGGAUAGCGAAAGACAGCAAGUUUAUUCUGCUGAGAAGCUAACAGACCAAAAGGACGAAAAUGGUAGGACAUCACAGAAAAAUUGGGAUCCAGUUUGUUUGGACUCGAAGCUACCCUCUUAUAGCGAAAUCAGUAUUUUCUCAAGAUAUUUGAGAGAUGACGUUGUUUUGUCAAGCAUGAUCAGCGAUCCAACUACGUAUAUUGUGGUUUUCGCUCCGUCCAACGAUGCAAUCGAAAAUCUCCCCAAGAAACCAUGGCAGUUUCCUAUUGAUGUGGAAACGCUGGAGGCACAGACCUCUGACGAAGAGGCUCUUGAACAAGCAGUCAGAAACAAUAUCAGAAAUUAUGUGGAACACCACAUAGCGACAAUGGUCGGCAACAACGACGGUAAAAUAGUUCAAGACGCCUUGAAUGAACGAACUUGCACUUCCUUUGUACUAAAGUCCUUGUUGGAUCCAAGUGGCCUCGAAAACGGGGGAGAUUUAUUGUUGGCAAGAAAGGACGGAAAAUACAGAUUAUAUUCUGCAAGGUGGGGUGGUGCUGCGAGCAUCGAAGUGAAGCUGGUAGACGAAGCUCAAAAUGGUGUCGUGUUUGUAAUCGCCGAGGCACUCGUUUCGGCUUGA